AUGGGAUGCAUAGCGUCUACACCUAAGGAUGCUGGUGGAAACAGGAGGAGACCUGCAAGUAUAGGAGAGCUUUCUGUCUAUGUUCCGGGGUUUCGAAUACCUAAACCUGUUGAUUUCUCUCAGGCUCUCGGCGACCAGUUGUCGAAGAACUUAGUUGAACGACUCUCUGCUCUAAGAACCCGGAUUGUGGUUAUGGCCGGCCAAGAAGCACCGACUGUUACUAGAACACGAAGGAGAAGUGCUACACAACAUGGCGGUUCAACAUUGGCUGAUCUUCAUCAGGCUCUUGAAGAUUACUUGCCUGUUCUUUUGGGUUUAGUUAAAGAUGGUAGCCAACUACAACACAAUAUCCAAUUUGUGUGGGUAAAUCAAGAGGAUGAGGCAGAGGAGACGUCAAUGUCAAAUGCAUGGUAUGAGGUACUGUCUGUUUUGCACUUGAUGGCAGUUCUAUCAUUAUCACAGGCAAACUUGUUACUUCUCCCAAGAACAUCGGCCGAUGGUUAUCAGCCAAAAGUAUCAGAAGAAAGCAGGCGGGCAUCUGUUGACAUAUUCUUGAAGGCCGCUGGAUACUUGGAUUGUGCAGUUAGGCAUGUUCUUCCACAUUUACCUGCUGCGCUGAGGAGAGACUUGCCAGUGGACCUUGCCGAAGGAGUUCUUCGAGCACUUUGUCUACAGGCCUUGGGGCAGACCGUUGAUAUCCAACUCGGGAUGGCAAUUGAUAGUGCCAAAGCCACGCUGGCAGUGAAACGGAGGCUUGCAUGCGAGAUGGUUAAGUAUUGGCAGCAGGCUCAAGAUAACAUAAUGAAUCUUCCGCUAGCAAAUGGUUGGGGAGAAAAGCACAGACUUUUCAUCAAAUGGAAAUAUGUGGAGGCAAGGGCUGGUGCAUAUUAUUAUCACGGCUUGAUCCUGGACGAAGGCAACACCGAGAAAUCUCAUGGGAUGGCGGUAGCUGCUUUGCAAGCUGCAGAUGAAUACUUCAAAGAAAGUAAAAGGUCAUGCGAGGCAUUCAAUUCAGCCACUCCCACGUCAAGAAAUCCACCACUUUGGGGAACCAUGAAGUUCCUGUCAGAGAAAAUCCCUAGAGAUACUUCCAGCAAAGUGCGCAUAAAUCGUGAUCUCUACUCGCACGAAAAGAUCAUGGAGACGGCACCUACUUUGCCAGAUUUCGCGUUAGCCCUGAAACCUGAUGACUAUCAGCUUCCUGUCGUUGACCCCUCAUGGAACGAUGAAAACAACCGAGGGCCACCAGCUGCAAAUGCCAACCACUUAAGAGCUGAAGGCAGCUAA